CAAUCACUCGCUGCACCCUCCACUGCUACCAACCCUUCCUCCUCCGCCUCUGUCACGCCAGGCUGGUCGGUCCAUUAAAUGCCCUUGCUCUCUCCUCCUCCGCCGUUUUAUAUACCCCGUAUUCCCUACCAUCCCCACUUCUCCUUCCCCCUUUCUCCUUCUUCUUCUUCUUCUUCUCAUCUAAUAAAAUUAUGGGAAGCCUCUCUCUCGUUCUCUUCUUCUCCGCUCUCCUCCUCUUCUCCCCCUUCUCGCCUUCCUCCACCGCCGCUGCCUUGAUCCCCGACGACCUCCGCUUCCCCUCGUCAGCGACCUUCCCAUCUGCCCACGCCGAGAAGCUGAUCCGAGCCCUCAAUCUCGUCCCCAAGGACCCCUCCCCAGAGCCUGCCGAAGCUGCCGCCGACGUCCCGGCGAAGAGGAUCGUCGAGCGCCGCUUCAGCCUUGCCGGACUCACCGGCGGGGUCUCCGUCGAGGACCUUGGCCACUACGCCGGCUACUUCAGCCUCCCUCACACCCACGACGCCCGGAUGUUCUACCUGUUCUUUGAGUCGAGGAAUAGCAACAAGGACCCGGUUGUUAUUUGGUUGACGGGAGGACCUGGCUGCAGCAGUGAAUUGGCCGUUUUCUAUGAAAAUGGGCCAUUUACCAUAGCGGACAAUAUGACGCUCGCAUGGAAUGAAUUUGGUUGGGACCAGGCUUCAAACCUUUUAUAUGUUGACCAGCCCACUGGAACUGGUUUUAGCUAUAGUACAGAUAGCCGUGAUAUUCGUCAUGAUGAAAAUGGUGUUAGUGAUGACCUGUAUGAUUUUCUGCAGGCCUUCUUUGCUGAGCACCCCGAAUAUGCAAGUAAUGAUUUUUACAUAACUGGUGAAUCAUAUGCUGGGCACUACAUUCCGGCUUUUGCAAGCCGCAUCCACCAAGGAAACAAAGCUAAAGAGGGCACUUGCAUAAAUUUGAAGGGAUUUGCUAUUGGGAAUGGACUUACGGAUCCAGCAAUCCAGUACAAAGCAUACACGGACUUUGCAUUGGAUAAUGGAAUAAUUAAAGAAUCUGACUACAAAAGAAUCAACAAGUUUUAUCCAAUAUGUGCAUAUGCCAUCAAACUUUGUGGUACAUCAGGGACAAUAUCUUGCUUAGCUUCAUAUUUGGUUUGCAAUACCAUAUUUAGUUCUAUCAUAAGGAUAGCUGGAAAUAUAAAUUAUUACGACAUCAGAAAGCAGUGCGUAGGGAGCCUCUGUUAUGAUUUUUCAAACAUGGAAAAAUUCCUUAACCUGGAGUCUGUUAGAGACUCCCUUGGAGUUGGAGAUAUUGAAUUCGUUUCAUGUAGCCCCACCGUGUACCAGGCCAUGCUCAUGGAUUGGAUGAGAAAUUUGGAAGUGGGAAUCCCUGCCCUUCUUGAGGAUGGCAUCAAGCUGCUUGUCUAUGCUGGGGAGUAUGAUCUCAUAUGCAAUUGGCUUGGAAACUCGAGAUGGGUUCACUCUAUGGAGUGGUCUGGCCAACAAAAUUUCACCUCGUCACCAGAAUUAUCUUUUACCGUGGAUGGGAAAGAAGCAGGCGUUUUGAAGAGCCAUGGGCCUCUCAGUUUCCUGAAGGUUCAUGAUGCGGGUCACAUGGUCCCAAUGGAUCAACCCAAGGCUGCUCUAGAGAUGUUGAAGAGGUGGAUUCAAGGGAAUCUUGGGGAAUUUUCUUCUGAAUCAAAUAGCCUUCAUGCUGACAUAUAAUUAGUAAAGACUGCUUGGGCAUCUUCAUGUGGAUUGUGUAAAUCAAUGGGAAGAGUGGCAAAUAGCUUUAGAUGUUAACUUGUUCCUUGGAUAUUAGCUGUACUUUCUGUAAAUACUUUUGUUUCCAUGAAGACUUUCUGACUAUGGUUGCUUGAAUUUUGUUCA